CCACCUCGUUCAGUCCGCUAUCUCGGUCAGCUCGGCCGGGUGGAGCCGUGCCUGGACGGCCGAGGCUACAUCCCACCGCGGCGAGUGCAAACUCUGCGCCCGCCUCGGAGACGAUGCUGGCGUAUAUAGAUGUGGCGGUGGUGUGGUGAGGGGGCUAUACUCAUACUCAUUCACGGCCUCGUGCCAUACACAUCUGCUGUAUCGAUACACGACCAAGCACUAGCAUUACUACACGCCAAAACUCGUCUGCCACAACCACUGCCACGAGCACCACUACCACCCCUACCCCCAUCACCACCUCACCACCCCCACCACCCCCACCACAAUGUCCGCUCCUCUAGGCUACGUGCCCGAGAAGCCGGCCCGCGUCUCUGAUGACGCGACGCUCAACAACCUCCAAACCGUGACAUCGACCGUGUCGCGCCGUACGACACGCGACCUCGCCUUCCCGUCCCUCACGCAGGCCGUGACGUUCGGGAGCACGAACGAGUACCGCGCCGAAACUGAGGCAGGGUACAUCCGGGCAAACGAGCUCGAGAACGGGCUCGCGCCCAUCGCGAGCGUGGGCGAGCACGGCGUGCACGAGCCCGUCGACGCCGCCCUCGCACGCAAAAUCACUAAAGCUGUCGAAGACAAGAAGAUCGUGACUUGGCGCGAAAAUGACCCCGAGAACCCGUGGAACUGGGGCGUCGCCCGCCGAUGGGCGUACACCGCCAUCGUAUCCAUCGCCGUCAUGCAGGUCGCGCUGUCGUCUGCGAUCGUGACGGGCGACUUUCCGGACCAGAUGGAGGAGUUCGGCGUCUCCUCCGUCGUUAUUGCCCUCACCGUUUCGCUUCCUGUGUGCGGGUUUGGACUCGGCCCGCUCCUUUGGUCGCCGAUGAGCGAGCUCUUCGGCCGCCGCCCCCUCUGGAUCAUCCCCUUCUUCAUCUACAUCAUCUUCAACAUCCCAUGCGCGCUUGCACCCAACCUCGGCUGCCUCCUUGCCUGUCGCUUCCUUGCUGGCUUCUUCGGCUCGGGCCCCCUCACUCUCGCCGGCGGCACCAUCGCCGAUAUCUGGGGCCCGAAGGAGCGCGGCUUCGCCAUCGCCCUCUUCGCCGCCGCGCCCUACGGCGGCCCCGUCAUUGGCCCUCUCAUCGGCGGCUUCAUCGGCAAGUACGCCGGCUGGCAGUGGCUCUACUGGGUCAACAUGAUCGCAGCCUUCGUCACCUGGUGCUUCAUCUGCAUCCUCCCCGAGACAUUCGCCCCUGUCCUCCUGAAGAAGCGCGCCAAGAAGCUGCGCGCCGAGACGGGUGACGAGUCCUUCGUCACUGAGCAGGAGGUCCUCCGCCUCCCUCUGAAGGAGAUCGUAAUUGAGACGCUCAUUCGCCCCUUCCAGAUGCUUGUCGAGGAGCCUAUUCUCCUCCUGAUGAGCCUGUACGUCUCGCUUGUCUACGGCCUUCUCUACGCAUACUUCUUCGCCUACCCCGUCGUCUUCGUCGAAGGGUACGGGUGGGACGACGCCAAGACGGGCUUGACCUUCUGCUCGGUGCUCAUCGGUGUCGCCAUCGCCCUCUGCAUCACCCCCCUCCUCGAGAAGCGGUACCAGGCCAAGCUCCCCAACGUGACCCCCGAAGACCGUCUUCCCGGCAUGCUCAUCGGCGGCCCGUGGGUCCCCAUCUCCCUCUUCAUCUUCGGCUGGACAGCCCCGCCCUACGUCACGCCGCACGGUGCCUCGUGGGUCGGCCCAUGCAUCUCAGGCAUCCCCUUCGGCGCCGGCAUGGUCCUCGUGUACUCGUCCGCCAACGGCUACCUCAUCGAGGCGUUCCCUGGCUACGUCGCGUCCGCGCUCGCGGCGAAAACCGUUGUCCGGUCCGGCAUGGGUGCCGCCAUGCCCCUCUUCAUCACGCAGAUGUACCACGGCCUCACGAACGGCGGUGCGGCGUCCCUCCUCGGCGGCGUCGCUAUCAUCAUGGCCAUGAUCCCCUGGGCGUUCUGGAAGUGGGGCCGCACCAUCCGCAUGCGCUCCAAGCGUGCCGCGGCCAACUAGUGGAUAUUUAGCGGACUUUUAAACUUAGGUACAUAUAUCACAGCAUAAUGAAGUAAUAGCAGCG